GUGAGUGUGAGUGUGGGUGUGAGUGUGAGUGAACAUUACCACAUCGCUGUUGUCUCACGUCUCACGACUGUCCAAGGCCGUUAGACUAAAGCUUAGAGACGCAUGGCUCUCGAGAUGGUCGACCCAGCGCCAGCGAACACAUGACCUGACCGCGCUCAUAAAUAGCCUGCGCCUGCGCAAAUCAAUACCUCAAACUUACCACAAGUCCUCCACGUUCCAUCGCAUGCGGCAAAGAAAACACGCGCUCGCACUCGUCAUUGUGAUUGUAUUCACCAUUCUUUCUACAUACAUCCCUUCCUAGCCCUCGCCUGUUGCCCUGCCCCUUCCCCCCCCACACACUCCUCUAUCCAACAUGGCAAACCCUUUCUUGAGCCUAUACAAGUUCUGCUACCAGGUCUACUAUUUCAUCAGCGUUGGCUUCUUUCGGUUGCCUGCUGACCUCAUUGCGAAUGCCAGCCGCUCUGGCGAACGCAGGUACGCAUUUCAAGAGGCAAUCCUGCUCUCCCUCUCAAAGCAUGUCCUUCACGUCUUGGUCUCCGUCAACGGCGGUGUUCGUGGGCAAUACUUGUCCCAGCAGACAGACGCGGAGCGUACGAGACGUUUCCAGUCCAUCGGAUCCAUGCCCGACGUCAUUGCAGGUGUCGAAGAGCAGCGCCUCAAGGGUCACAUUGCGUUCGCACUUCGAGUGCUUGCCGAAGCUACCGAAGCACCUCGCAAUGCAGCUGAGGUGGCACAGUCUCAAACGGACGCUAAAUUCAAAUCUUCCAGAGAUCUCCUCGCCAAACCUGUGCCCGUCGGAAUCUUUUGGACGGGCGAGCGCGCGUCCAAGCUGAAACAGUCGCGUGCUCAACCUGGAGAGAAAGUGGUGCUGUGGCUCCACGGAGGUUACUAUUUCCUCGGCACAGCAGAGACGAACAGCAAGACUGCCUACUCCACGUUGACUUUGGAUUACCUCGAUGCAAGCCGGCGAGCGGGCGCCGCUGCCAGUGCGGGAUCGAGCAUCCUGGCAAUCGAGUACCGCAAAUCAGACAGAGCGCCAUGGCCGGCUCCUUUGAUCGACGCGCUCGCAGGUUGGAAUUAUCUCACUGCAGAACUGGACUUCAGACCUGAAAACGUCAUUCUCAUGGGGGAAUCUGCGGGUGCUCAUCUGGCUCUCGCCUUGACGCGGUACCUCAAAGAGAAUCUGGAUGUCCUGCCUGGUGCGAACAUCCUUGCGUGCCCAUACCUAGACUUGACUGGUGCUUUGGCAAAAGAUCCAAAGGGAUCUGCCGCGAAAAACGCUGCCGUGGACUGGUUGAGUCCUGUGGCAGAUGCGUACGCUAGAGCCAAAUUGGUUCCGGAGUACCUGGGAAGCUCAGAAAGGAAACAGCUUUUGCAGAGCACCUAUCUUAGCCCGUCCUAUCCCUCCUCAUCAAUCUAUGGCGCAGAAGGGAAGCAAGUCUCAGAAGCAUCCAUCUAUGAAAAUUGGUGCCGCACCUUUGUAUUCGUCGGCACCAACGACAUCCUCUUUGACCACUCUGACAUUCACGAGAGGCGCUUCCGACUGGGCAAUAAUGGCAAAGUGUCGGACAAGAAGUUCUACGACCGAUUCGACGUUGCCGGAGCUCCGCACGCUUUCCACAUGCUUCCGCCCCCCUCUUUUGCCUCUCAGCGCAAAGAGGCUGCUGAUCGCGCCGUAAGGUGGAUCUCUUCGGUCUGAGCUAUUGCACUCACGCUCACCCGUUUGACAGCCCCGACGAAUUUGCCGAAUCCCAUGUCGACUGCACGCACCCGACCUCGCCUCC